GGAGGAAGAGGCGGAGCUGCAGCGGCAGUUUGAGGAAAUUCAGGAGCUUUGUGUUGGAGUCCAGGAGUUCAGUUUUAACGGGGAGAAACUCUGUAUAGAACUGGAGAAUAAAGAAAACACACAGUUAUAUCACAGGCCGAGCGGAUGAACAGGAAGGAGAGCGGAGAGUGGAGCAGAAGCUGUGGAGCUGAGCUCUGUAGGUAAGGGCUGGUCCUCCUCACCUGCUCUGGAGUUCCUGAACAGAAGAUUCCUCAAGGAGAAAACUAGCUAAUAUCCAGCUUACGGAGAAAAACAGCCCAGCCUGAGGCUGAGGGAAAAACACAGAGGAACACAACGCGUGGAAACGUGCUGUCUGCUGUGCUGAAGGACAAUGUGAUUAUGAUGGAUCAAGACACGCAGUGGCUGUACCAGCUCUUGGCAGAGGUGCAGCUGGAACGGUUCUACCUGAGGGUUCGUGAUGGACUUAAUGUGACUCGCAUCGAACACCUGGACUAUGUGAAGGAGGCGGACUUGGAACAGAUUGGCAUCAGCAAACCAGGACAAAGACGAUUAUGGGAUGCAGUCAAACGUUACAAAACCAAUGCACGACCAAGGUCAUGGAUGUCCAAGGUCUUCAGUGGACGAGGUCCAGAAGGAGGAGAUCAGUGGAGCGGCGGUGGAUCAGGACAGGGGCCUGAAAUGGGACGAGCUCUUACCUGCCUUAUUCAGGACAAUGAGCUGGUGUUUGGAGAGAGACUGGGCUCAGGCUCCUUUGGGGUGGUGAAGAAGGCAGAGUGGCACACGCCCACUGGACGAGUGGUGCCUGUAGCAGUGAAGUCUCUCAGGAACAGUAUGUCCAGAGAGCCAAAUACAGUGACCGACUUCCUGCAGGAGGUCACCACCAUGCAGUCCCUGGACCACCCUAACAUCAUACGCCUCUAUGGAGUGGUUCUCACACAGCCUCUUAAAAUGGUGACGGAGCUGGCUCCUCUCGGCUCUCUGUAUGACAUGUUACGCAUACGGCAGGGCGAGUACCCGCUGGCCCGCCUCUGGCUCUUCAGCACCCAGAUCGCCGCAGGUAUGGAGUAUCUGGAGACGCGGCGCUUCAUCCACAGAGACCUGGCAGCCCGCAAUGUGCUCCUGGCCUCCAGAGAGCUGGUGAAGAUUGGGGAUUUUGGCCUGAUGAGAGGCCUGGGCAAUGACAAAGACCACUACAUCAUGGGAGCCCACAGGCGCAUCCCUUUUGCCUGGUGUGCUCCUGAGAGUUUGCGUGUGGGCUCGUUCUCGCACGCCUCAGAUGUGUGGAUGUUUGGAGUCACUCUUUGGGAAAUGUUCACUUACUGUGAAGAGCCAUGGCUUGGUUUAUCUGGAAGACAGAUCCUGUAUCGCGUGGAGCGGGAAGGAGAUCGCUUGCAGAGGCCACUGGACUGUCCUCAGGAGCUCUACGUUGUGAUGAAGAUGUGCUGGGCCUACAUUCCGUCAGACCGACCCACCUUCGCCCAGCUCACAACCCUCGUAGCUGAGGCCCAGCCUAAGGAGGUGCGUGCAGUCCAAGACUUCUCAGAGCCCAGAAAACUUGCUCUGCAGGCCAGUGACCUAGUGACCAUGAUAGACCAUGGGCUGGAGUUGGGUGAGUGGAGGGGUCAGAACCAGAGGACACUGCAAGUCGGCUGGUUUCCUCCAUCGCUAACGGCUCCCUCUCUGUCUUCAGCGGGUCCACUGAGUCCUCCUGCUGGACCUGCUCUCAUCUCUCCUCCGCUCAGAGGAAGCUUGCAGCACACUGGGCAUGGAGAUAGCAACCCAGAACGCAGCUGGGGAACUCCAGCACGUCUGGAUGACCCUGGAAACUGGAAGACACCUUUGGCAAAAGAAAAGGAAGGCUCCAAUCUAAAGAAAAUGGCAGGCAUGUCCCGAAGUCUUGAGUCAGUCCUAGGUGUCUCUCAGAACAAGAGUCAGGAAGGUAGAGGCAGCCUGGCUCAGAGACCUCACGUCCGCAAGCCUAUCCCGGCUCAUCUGAUCCAGGACAUUCGCAGGUUCAGUGAUGCCAGCGGCAUCGUACCUCCUGCACGACCACCACCCCCAGUCUUCAAACGCCUCCGGCACCAGCAGACGGUGUUCCGUGAUCGGAGAGCAGCAGUCCAAGGGUCCUGGGCUCCUCCACCUAAUCUAAACUUUCAGCCCCAAACCCAAAUCCAACCCCAGCCACAGCCCCAGCCCCAAGCACAGCAACAGGGUAUGGGGGUUAGCAAUCUGGUCAGAAUGGCUCAGUUAGCAAGGUCAACUCCUCAGCUAGACAAUGACUUGGAGAAGGACAAGGAUAGAGAGAAGGAGAGGGAGAGAGAGAAAGAAAAAGAGAGGAUGCGGGAAAGAUACCCACCACAAGUGCAAGUAGAUACUAAGGAUGCACUCAUAGCACAGGUGCAGGCAGCUGUUCAUGGCGUAACUAUUGAAGAGGUUCAGAAAGCUCUACAACGCAAUGACUGGAAUCCAAUGCGGGCAGAGCAGCAGCUGAAGACAGAACAGCUCUACCACAUGAACCAGUGCUCGCGAGAGGACUGCUACAAGAUUCUCGCACGCUACAACUGGGACCUGCAGCACGCCAGUCGCUUUGUCAUCCGCAUGGCUAGAGACGCUGCACUGGAGAGACGAGGAGACAGAGUUUAAGAAAGAAACUGAUAAAACUAUAAGGAAUUUUAUUCAGCUGCACAAUUAUGAGAGGCUGAAAGUGUUGGCAGUUUGUCCUGCACUGGAUCAGUCCCCUCACGUCAGACGUUACAUUAUAAAAAUACAACAUGGGGAUCUUAAACAGCUUUGAGUGAUGGAAAAGCAGCAGAGUGUGAAGACGUUUUGGUUGUGACUUUAUCACACAUUAGAUUAAAAAAAAAAAUUGCCAAUGCUUUUAAAGCUACUGACCUGACCGUUAGUCAUGGUAGUGAAAAGGUGGACCUUUUCACUUUCUCAUGUAAACUAAUUAAUUAAGUGUUUAGUUCACUUAGGUGUGUAAGAACCAGGCUCCACAGGACCCACCUCUGCUCAGUAGCUCUACACUGCCCUCUUGCUGCUGGAUGAAGAUCUAUUCAAUUGUGUCAAAUCUGCUCGAAGAUACCAAGAGGACAGACCUGGGGGUAGAUUUGAAUUCUGCCCUCAAUGAAAAUGUAACUCUCAACGCCAACACUUACACUGAUAAUGAAGGAAAACUUUGUUUAUAAAAAUGUGGGGAGUGGGUGAAAUGUUCAGAAAGUUUCUGUUGCUACAGCACAGUCUCUUGUGCAGUUUACAGGUUUAUAUAUAUAAAAAAUGUAACUGAUGGGUACUUUGUUGAAUAUAUAUUUAAUAGAUUAAAUUUUAGAAUUUAAUGAAUUUUA